AUGGAAUUUUAUCAAGGAUUAUCACUUGAUUUUAGCCAUCUAUUGGACGAGUCUGACGACUAUGACGUUAUCAUUUAUGCUGGUAAAGAACCAAAUGUCAAGAAAUUCCACGCGCACACGGUUAUCUUGCGUGCGAGAUCCCCUUACUUUCGUAGAGCCUUAUCAAGAGAUUGGGCUAGAAAAGAAAACGGCUCAAUUGUAUUUCAAAAGCCAAACAUAGCACAUGAAGUGUUUGACGUCAUUCUGAAAUACAUUUAUAGUGGCACCGCAGAUUUACUUGUACAAGAAGGUGGUAUUAUUCUCAACCUUUUAACCGCCUCCGACGAAUUAAAUCUUCAAGAAUUGAUCGUUUAUGCGCAAGAUCAUCUUAUUCAACAAAAAUCUGACUGGUUGCAAGAAAAUGUGAUACAAGUUUUGCAUACUGUUGGAUAUUUAGAAGCCUGUAAAGAUUUACAAAAUUUUUGUUUGGGUUUGAUUUGUCAAGAUCCGUAUUGGCUAUUUGAAUCAAAUAAUUUUUGUUCAUUGGACGAAUCUGUUCUUGGUACGCUAGAACAUUGUAUACCUUUAAUUAGGUAUUUUAAUAUUGAUUCUAGUGACUAUUGGGAUAAAUUGAGACCUUUUAGACAGAUUUUACCAAGUAAAUUACAUGAAGAUCUUUUGCAAUAUUAUUGUAAGCGAGGCAAUAUUAGUCAAACGGAUACACCUAUAUUAUCACCAAGGAAGGCUGGUAUUCAAUCAAACAUUAUAAAGUUCAAACAUAUUUCCUUAAUAACGAAAUGGAUUGACAGAAAGGAAGGGAGUGAAAAUACUUUGGAAAAGUCUCAAUAUAAUUUCAAUAGAAUUCUUUGUGGUUCAGAUGACGGUUUUACCGCCGCUAAUUUUCAUAAAAAAUGUGAUGGCCGAGGUCCAACUUUGAUUAUAAUUAAAGUGAAAGAAUCCGGAGAGAUCAUUGGGGGAUAUAAUCCAAUAAGUUGGAGAGGAUCAAAUAAUCCAGAUAGUAGUUGGUCUGCUCCAACAACAUGGACUGUUUCACAACGUAGUCGUACUUCUUCUUUCGGUAGUUUUUCAAGGUCUACUGCUUACGAAUUAGGACCUUAUCAAAAUACUCCCAAUAGUUUUAUAUUUUCGUUAGGUGAUGGGAAAGGUCUCUUGAAUGCUAAAAUUAGUCGUAUUCUUCAAGAUAAUACGUCUGCUGCUGUUUUUUCAUCUCCGCGACACGGUCCUUGCUUUGGUCAAACAGAUUUACGAAUGAAUGAUAAUUUUAAUGAGGCCGAAACUUAUGGACCAGAAUCUUCAAAUCAGGCUUCAACCUCACAGAUGCUUCCACCCGAACUUACAAAUUAUCCUUCUGUUUCUGCUUG